AUGAAGUUCACUUUGCUCACCACUGCAUUCGUCACUGCCGCAGCGAUGGCUAGGCGUAGUUAUCGCAUCCGACGUCCCAGUAGUCCCCAGUCAGGACCCCUUGUGCAAGGGACCCCCGAGAAAGCGACCCACCCGGACGCGACGAAGUUCUACGACAAACCUGAUACAUUUGGGUGCUCAAAGGGCAUCGAAGGCUACAACGAAGGUAAUGAUUUUGGGUAUACCUGCGCAAGUAAAUGGCAGUUCAAGUCCUUGAUGGAAUGCACGUGCAAAGAUUGCUGCCGCUUGAUUGAGGAUGGGAAGAAGCCCUACUGUCCCGAGAAAAAGAAAGUGACCCCGGACAAGGCCAAGCUCUGCGACAAAGCUGGACGAUGGGAAGACCUCCUACUGUACCGAGAAAGGGACUCGCAAGUAAAGAAUCCCCCCCAGUGCCUAGUCCGUGUUGCUGAUGUGCUUGCUUUCGCUACACUGAAACAAUUAGCAUGUUUUUUUAACCCCCUAGUAAUCGGAGUGCAGCUCCAACAUCGGAACCACAAGCAAUGUGAACUGCUGCUGCGGUAA